UAUAAACGGCCUCCCCGCCCCCUGCUUGUGCUUGCUCCCUGGGAGCGCGCAGCACCGCGAUCCGGUUCCCGGUGUGUCCUCCGAACACAGUGGAACACCGAUCGUUGUACGGUGAUCCAAUCAGUGAUCACUACAUGUGAAAUCUGUGAAUGAUCACAGAGGUCACAUGGUACAAGGCUAUACACAACAGCCUUGUACCAUGUGACAAGCUGUGACCAAUCACAGUUCACACAGUGUUUCUCAAUGGCUGCAAGAAUGCAGCCAUAGAGAAGGAGACA